UCUAAGAAGACUUCCGGAGACAGGAUGGGAUGAGGAGACAGAGAGGGUUACACCCGCCUCACACACUGAGCCUGUGGGAUAGGUCUGAAUCUACAGAUCUUGACCAAAAGCUACAGAUCUUGUGAACUUCACAUAACUUCCCAGCCCUUCCCCUCAGACCGUGGAGAGGGCAAGUCCCCCUGCUGUAAGUAGCCAGGUUCUGCUCCUUGUUGGAACCAACCUUUCCACACUUUCAUAAAUUGUUUUAGUUGACUCUCCUUGAGGUAGCCCCACCUGACAGGUUACCAGUGAAACCCGACCCCUCAGGCACAAGCCUCAGGGCAGGACCAGCUUUGCAGCAGCUGCAGGUGCCUGGAAGCUUAGUGGCAGCAGAGAAGGCUGCCCAUCCUGCUGCCCGCACGCUGUGAAAAGCAGCGACAGUCGAGAAAGUUCCCCUUCCUGCCUCCUAAGGACAGGCCCUUCCUCCGGCCAGCCAAGUUUGGGCAUAGAAGGCACUAGGAGUGGGGCCACUGUAACAGGGUAUCCUGCCUGCUGCAUAGAUGGGCUGCCCCUGGGCAGUAGCCAGGCUGCCCUGCAGCAGGAAGCCGCAGGAUGGCUUCACAGAGGCCCACCUGGAGUCCGGGCGCCUUUGAGAGGUGUCCACUGCUUUGGAUUGUCUUGCACCGCCUCGGGUGCUUUUGCUUCCACAAUGCCUGGGCUACCCCCGGGUGCCUUCCAGCCCCCCUUCAGAUGUGUGUGUCGCUGCACCCCCUGUGAGCACCUCCAGCAGCCACUGUGUGUUGGGUCCUGGCCUGCUGCUUGCUGUACCACCACGGCCAGGCCCUCGCUGAUGAGACAGUAGCUCCGUGCACCAGUGGCCUUUGCUUGGGCCUUCUGGACACUGCAGAGACUCUAUCAUGGUGAGCCAACCAGCCACUUGUGACUUUAGACCACUUUCUCUGCCCCCAAGGUUGCCACCUGUCUGCGGCCAAUACUGAUGGGGAAAAGGUUAGUAGGUCUGAGGAACAGAAAGGGCUACGAGGCUGAAGUGGGUAAGCCAGGAUGAAGGUGGUCAACAAAGCAGGCAGGGCCUCGCCCUUUGGAUAGCUGGGCCCCAGAUUCCUGCAGCGAGUGGGCACCUGAGUGAGUGGAUGUGUGCAAGGACAGGUGAAUGAAUAAGCCCAUGCCCGCGUCCACUAGCGAUUGGUGGAAUGUUUGAACGGCGAGGGGCCUCCUGGCCUCUACCUCAGCCCCAGGCAGGUGUCUGUCCCCACACUGUGUUCCCUACCUGGCAGGAUGCUGGAGGGCCCCACGCCGGAGAAGCCGGAGCCUGGCUCCGAGACCCCGUGUGCGGGUUCCUGCCACGCGCAGCGAGUCCUGCAGACGCUCAACGCCUACCGACGGAGCGGCACCCUCACCGACGUGGUGCUGCGCGCCGGCGGCCGCGACUUCCCGUGCCACCGCGCUGCGCUCAGCGCGGGCAGCGCCUACUUCUGCAGCCUCGUGCGCCUGCCCCUGCUGGCGCCCGCCUACUUCCUGGAGAAGGUGGAGGCCGACGAGCUGCUGCAGGCCUGCGGCGACUGCCGCCCGCUGCUGCUGGAGGCCCGCGCCUGCUUCAUCCUGGGCCGCGAGGCCGGCGCGCUGCGGGCCCGGCCGCGGAGGUAUUGGGCUUGUCCUCACUCCAGAUUCAUGGACCAGGCCGAAGUGAUCGUGGUCAUCGGUGGUUGUGACCGCAAGGGGCUUCUAAAGCUGCCCUUUGCCGACGCCUACCACCCAGAGAGCCAGCGCUGGACCUCACUGCCCAGCCUGCCUGGCUACACACGCUCAGAGUUCGCCGCCUGUGCUUUCCGUAAUGACAUCUACGUGUCCGGAGGCCACAUCCAUAGCCGCGACGUGUGGAUGUUUAGCUCCCAUCUGCACACUUGGAUCAAGGUGGCUUCGCUGCACAAGGGCAGGUGGAGGCACAAGAUGGCCGUGGUGCAGGGGCAGCUGUUCGCGGUGGGCGGCUUCGACGGCCUGCGGCGCCUGCGCAGUGUGGAGCGCUACGACGCCUUCUGCAACACCUGGGCGGCCGCCGCGCCCCUCCCGGAGGCGGUGAGCUCCGCCGCCGUGGUGCCCUGCGCGGGCCGGCUCUACGUGAUCGGGGGCGCCCGGCAGGACGGCGUCAGCACGGACAAGGUGCAGUGCUUUGACCCCAGGGAGGACCAGUGGCGCCUGAGGUCACCAGCACCCUUCUCGCAGCGGUGUCUCGAGGCGGUCUCCAUCGAGGACACCAUCUACGUGAUGGGGGGCCUCAUGAGCAAGAUCUUUUCUUACAAGCCUGGCACAGAUGUCUGGGGGGAGGUGGCUGUCCUGCCAAGCCCUGUGGAGAGCUGUGGCGUGACGGUGUGUGACGGGAAGGUCCACAUCCUCGGCGGGCGGGAUGAGCACGGGGAAAGUACUGACCGAGUCUUCACCUUUGACCCCAGCAGCGGGCUGGUGGAGGCCCAGCUGGCGCUGCAGCGCUGCACCAGCUCCCACGGUUGUGUCACCAUCAUCCAAAGCCUGAGCAGGUGACCCAGACGUGGUGAGCCUGGGGCAGAGAGCUCACCAGCACAGGAAGCUCACUCAGCUCCCUUCACAGCACAGCCAUGUGAACAGCCCUUUAAUUUAUCGCCUAGAAAUAACACCACCUGUAAGGUUGGGUCUGCAUUGCAGCCCGAGCUGGCUCUGCCAGGGCAAUGCUUUCUUGCUUUGAUUCUUUGCAAAGCAUCUUCUUUCAUUACUUCGUCCACUUUCACAACAGUGUGGACACUUUCUAAAAAUUAUUAAACAUUUCAUGCAUGGGAUGGAUGUUUUAUAGUUUAAUAGUGUGUCCUCCUCCUCUAGCUUAAUAGAUGUCUUUGUUUAUUCCCAAAACGAUCUCCCCCUUCCUCAGUCCUCCCAGAGGUAAUCACUGUUCAUAGAUUAGAUUAGUAGCACUUUUUUGGUGUGAGCUAGAGAUUAUAUUCUAGAGAGAAGAACUGGCAUUAAAAAGAUGAGACUCAUCCAAGACCAUAUACUUAGUAAGUGGGAGUCUAUGACUCUUACUAAAAUCUAUGAGGAACGUCUGGUCAGGAUGGCUCUGUUUCAAACCACCCCUCUCCAAGUCAAACACCUAGCUGGGAUAAAUACAAUUAAAAACCAAGCAACUAAAAAGAGAGGACUGUGUUGGCUUGUGAGUAAGCAAACAUGUCCAAGGACCAGAAACAAAGAGUUGUAAGCCAUGUGGAAGGCAGAAACUCAAGGACUGGGGUUCAGACUGCAUGAGUCUUUAAAAAGGCCUUUAAAAAGCAGGCUCACUGCUAUAACACAGCAGCAGCUAAAACAAAGCAGAACAAAACAAA